AUGAAAGGCCAAGUGGGAGAGAGAUUCGGUGAGUUCUACGAGAAGUGGGUUAGUGAGUUAGACGAGUGCUGGCAGCAGUUAUUGAGAGUAUCAAAAGAGAGAAGCCUAAGCACCAACUCGUCAGGAGAAGAAGAACAAAUACAAGCCUUGGUGUCCAAACUCACUGCUCAUUACAAACAGUAUUACACUGUAAAAUGGGUUGCAGCUCAUGAGGAUGUUCUCGCUUUCUUCUGCCCAAUGUGGUUAAGCUCGGUGGAGAUAGCUUACUCGUGGGUAACAGGGUGGAGACCUUGCAUGAUGUUUAGGAUGGUGGAGUCAAUGAGAAAAACACGUGAGCCAGGACUGAGUCUGGCGGAGAUGACGGAUGAACAGGUGAAGAAAAUGGAGGAGUUAAGAGGGAAGAUCAGAAUAGAAGAAGAGAGAGUAGAGAGAGAGAUGGAGAGAUUGCAGGUGGUUGUGGCGGAUAAGAAGAUGGUGGAGUUGGUGAAGUUGCAGAGGAUAAAUCAGGUGGAGGCGUUGGUGGAGGUAGCAUUGAAAGGGUUAACGAUGGGAUUAGAGAGGGUAGUAAAGGCUGCAGAUUGUGUGAGGUUGAAGACGCUGAAAGGGGUUUUGGACAUUUUGAGUCCUCUGCAAUGUGUCAACUUUUUGGCAGGGACUUGUUUGGUUCACAUUCAGCUUAGACAACAGGGAAACAGAAGAGACACCCACCAUGAUCAAUAG